AUGGAGCAAGUAAAAAAGAAUCAGAAGCCGAGCUCUCACAACUCACAACCAGUUCGUAUAAUCAAUGCGAUUCAUGGUAGGCCCAAACUGGCUGAAGAGUCAGAAGAACUGCUUAGAGAGCGCCUCCGACAGGCACAGAUGAAGAGGAUGAUAGGUAGUGUAAACACUCUGCAUCAGCAGAACGCAUCAACGCAAAUCAAGUUUAACAGAACCGACUUAUUACGCAUUCAGAUUCCUCAUGAAGAUUCGUUAGUCAUCAGUUUGACAGUGGCCGAAUGUUUGGUACGCAGAGUUCUGAUUGAUCCUGGAAGUAGUGCGAACGUCAUGCCGAGGGACACAUUUGAUCGGCUCGAGAUCAAGCCAGACCGGCUCAAGCCCACUGGGAAUCCUUUGCUAGGGUUUGAUGGAAAACGAGUGGAGCCCAUCGGUACAGUGAAAGUAGCAGUGCAUACUGCAGAGAGGGUUCUAAUGAAGAGCUUUGUGGUUGUCGAGAUUCAUCCCUCUUACAACCUUCUGAUGGGCAGAGGGUGGAUCCACAGAGUUCAAGGUGUUCCUUCUACUUUGCACUAUGUAAUGAGACACCUGGGGCCAGACGACACCAAGGUGAUCGACAUUCAUGGGGACCAAGUUGCAGCUAAGGAAUGUUAUUCAGUGACACUGAAAUCUACUGGGAAAGGAAAAACACCUGUCUGA